AUGCAGAACCUAAUCUUCGGUGGACCGACCCAACAGCUCGUCCCUCAGAACCCGCACGUCGCUGUCUUCCCAGCCUACUGCGUGAACGGGCCCACUACGCUCAUACUCAAAGAGAAGGCGUUCACAUUCAGCGGAGACGAUUUCCAGGUGAAGGACCAGAAUGGGAUCCCGGUCGUUGUCUGCUCAGGCAAAGCGUUCUCCUUCAGGGAUAGGAAAGUCAUCACUGACGUCCAAGGGCGGGAGCUCUGCCACUUGCGCUCGAGGAUGAUGUCCCUCCGCAAGACGUUUGUAGCUGAGGAUCCCCAAGGCAAGGAGUUGCUGGUAGUCACCAAGAAGCUCAGCUUCGGUACCAAGAUGGAAGCACAAUUUACAAACGUCAUCACCGGCCAACCCAUCACGAUCGCCAUGCGCGGAGACUUCUGGGGUGGGUCCUGCGAUAUCACCCUGGGCGAAGGAGGGCCGACUAUUGCGCAGAUCACGAGGCAGUUGGGGAAUAUGCGCGAGAUAUUUACAAACAACCAGACUUAUGCGGUGACGGUCGCGCCUGGGGUGGAUCUUGCGCUUAUAUCGGCGUUGUGUAUAUGUCUAGAUGAGGCGAAGAAUGAGAAGAACUAG